AUGACCACCCGCCUAGCCCCCAGACUCGCCUCCAGGGCACACUUCCGCCCAUCACCCCCGAGUCCAAUCAGCACAAGAUUCCUCUCAACAAAGACAAAGACAAAGCCAAUCGCCCCGAUGAAAGAAUUCCUGUGCAUUAUACUCGAUAAGCCUAAUGUCCUGGGGCUUAGAAAGAAGGUGAAAUGCGCACAUUAUGAAGGUGUCAAAUUGCUAGUAGCAGCUGGGAGACUUGUCAAUGGAGGCGCCAUCCUCGAAUCCCACAGUACAGAAAACAGUGAUAUCCAAAUUAGGGGUAGUAUGGUUGUGUACACCGGCGAGAGUGCAGAAGAAGUCCGUGCCGUUAUAGAGAAAGAUGUUUAUGUUACAAGUGGGGUUUGGGACUUGGAGAAGAUGCAGAUCUGGCCGUAUGAUCCUGCUGUGAGGGAGCCGGUUUGUUGA